GACAGACAAUAAGUAGUAAGAACUUUCUACUUGUUAGUCUGAACUUCAAUCAACCUGUCAAGACGGAAACGACAUCUUUCUCGAACAAUUCCCUCAGGGGAGUGAAUGCAAAUAACGCCGUUUUUUUGUGCGCCAACAGAUGCCCGUGAUGGCGAACCACAAACUUUGGAGAGCCGUGGAUUAUUUUGGAGCGCUUCUUUUGUCACUGGAUGAGCAGCACCGGGUGACAGACAGACUCAUGGCAUCUUAAGUGAAGUGAGCAGUUAUGGAUUCGCUCUACAUCGCCAUUGAGCUAAUGAUCGCGGUGCUGUCCAUCGCCGGUAAUGUGCUGGUGUGCUGGGCAGUGGCCAUCAACUCCACGCUCAAGAACGCCACCAAUUACUUUCUGGUGUCGCUUGCCGUGGCUGACAUUCUGGUCGGCUGCCUUGCCAUCCCCUUUGCCAUCACUAUAAGCAUCGGUCUGCGAUCAGACUUUUACGGAUGCCUUUUCCUGGCCUGUUUCGUUCUGGUACUGACUCAAAGUUCAAUAUUUAGUCUUCUAGCAGUUGCCAUAGACAGAUAUCUGGCGGUCAAAAUCCCCCUGAGGUAUAGGGAGCUGGUCACGGGGAAAAGGGCGAGAGAGAUCAUCACCAUUUUAUGGAUUCUAUCCUUCAUUAUUGGACUUAUUCCUUUUGUGGGCUGGAACCGUAAAGACUUGGCCUGCUCCAGAAACAAGAGCGGAUCUCUACAGACUAGCAACAGCAGCGAUGAUGACGCUGAGGAGACGAAAACUGGCUUUUUGCAAAGCUGCUACCUCGAGUGCUUCUUCGAGAAAGUGGUGGACAUGAGUUACAUGGUCUACUUCAACUUCUUCGGUUGCGUUCUGCCACCUCUACUCAUCAUGCUGGGCAUCUACGCCAAGAUCUUCACAGUGGCGCGCAAACAGCUCCGUCAGAUCGAGUUGAAGUGCAGCGUGAGCAACGGCGAGAAUCAACACCACGGUCUGCUGCAGCGGGAGAUUCGUGCUGCCAAAUCGCUGUCCAUCAUCGUGGGUCUGUUCGCUCUCUGUUGGCUGCCCGUGCACAUCCUAAACUGCCUCACGCUUUUCUAUAGCGAGCUGAAAAAGCCCAGCUUCAUCAUGAACAUCGCCAUUAUCCUUUCGCACGCCAACUCCGCUGUCAAUCCCAUCAUCUAUGCGUACCGCAUCCGGGAGUUCAGAGUCACUUUUAGGAAGAUUCUGAACCGGCAUAUUCUUUGCCAACGGGACGAGUUGUAUCGCAGCUCCAAUGGAGACAGCAGUCACAGAGACCAGAUAACGAUGACUAUUGACCCUUUGCUAUAGACGCCGGUGUCGAAAUAUAUGAGAGAAAUGUUUACAGAACAAAAGACCUGCAAACAGCAUAAUCAUGUAUUAAGACGGUGACUUCAUGUACAGUGGGGGAAAUAAGUAUUGAACACAUCACCAUUAUUCUCAGAAAACAUAUUUCUAUGCUGUUGACUUUAAAUUUUCACCGGAUGUUGGUAAUAAUUCGUAAAAUAAUCCAUAUGCAAAGAAAUCAAAAUUAAUUCACUUAGAAAUGUUAUGUGUAAUAAAAUGAAAUGACGCAGGAAAAAAGUAUUGAACACAUGAAGAAAGGGAGGUGUAGAAAGGCAGUAAAAGCCCAGACAGCAGCUGAAAUCUCUUAGUAGUUCAACAGCAACCCUCUGCCCUUCAUCAGUGUAAAUGAAUAUUAGCUGCUUCAGUCCAACAUCUACAUUAUCAAGAUGAUGAAGAUGAAUCCAGAGUGGACAUUUCAGCAGGACAAUGGUCCAAAACACAGCCAAGGAAACUCUUAAAUGGUUUCAGAAAAUGAAAUUUAAGCAGUAGAAUGGCCCAGCCAAUCACCUGACUCGAAUCCAAUAGAAAAUACAAAUUAAAGAUCAGAUUUGAUAGACGAGACCCACAGAACCAUCAAGAUUUUUACACUCUGUGGAAGUCUGUGAACUAAAAUAAAAUAAUCACACCUGAGCAAUGCAUGUGACUUCAUUCUCCAUAUGAGAGGCAUCUUUAAGCUGUCGUCACCAAAAAAGCCUUUAAUAUAAAGUAUUGAAUACAUGUCAGAAGUUCAGUACUUUCUCCUUGUGUCAUUUCAUUGUUAUUACACAGAACAAAUUUUUAGUUUAAUUUUUAUGUUUCUAUUGUUUGGGUUUUUAUCAAAAUCUGUCUUAAUUCCACGUCAACAUCUCCUUUAGAAAUAUUAUUCCCAGGAGAAAACAUGAUGUGUUUAUUACUUACUUCCCCACUGUAUAUGCCACUAUUCCUGAAGACCCCAUAUGACAUUGUGGACACUGUCAGGAUUCAACUGUGAAAAGAAUAGAUGCUAUUAAACUGUGGAAAUAUUUAUAAUUAACUUUUAAAAGCACUAACAGGCUUGAGGCUUGUAGUACACAGCGGGACAGUUUUCGCUUGCGCUAAUAGUCAGCGUUUUGAGACUUUUUAUGGCAUUCACACCAAAACCCCUCCCUAAUAUUAGAUGGAACGUAAUGAAAUUGCAGGUCAGGAAGGAAAAGUGAAAUUAAACUCAUUGUUGAAUGCUAUUGGAUCUAUUUUGAUCACAUUGGCACCCUUUGUUUAGUCAGGAGGGGCUAAACCUCAGUGAAAAGCUUCCCGGUUGUGUACGAGCCUUUAAACAGCAACCUUAGGUCAAACUCAAAGCUUAAAAAGCUGAAAGAGAGUGGUCAGCUGUCUUUCUGGAUGUGUUGAACCAUGAACUGAACCACAUAUACAAGAUCCUCUAGAACAAUAAAACAAUAAUUACUGGCAGCUUGAGAUUAAUUUUUAAUGAUCACUCGUAGAAAAUCCCAGAGGAACAAUCUGAAUUCACAAGGAAGGUCAGAUGAAUGCACCACUGAGGAACAGGGCACACAGAGAAACGGCUUUAGAUUGAAUGUAUUAAAAUCUUUUGAUGUUUUUUUUAUUUUAUUUUAUGAGCGAAAUGAUUGGUUUAAGCUGCUCAGGAAGCCACACGAGGUAAAGACAAAUUUAAAAAUGAACACAAAGAUGAAAAAUGACCCUUUUUAAUAAUUUUACCAUUUUUCCCCCAAGAUGUUGCACUAUGUACUGGCCUAACACGGUUUCAAAUCUCACACCCAUACUACCACAAUACAAUAUGCUGGAUACAAACACAGCAUCAUUUGAAGAGGCAUACUUUAAGAAUGAACUGCAUUAAGUAACAAAGUAUCAUUAUAACCUUUGUUACAAUUCUUAUAUCAUACUGUUUUUAUAAUGAAAAAAUGAAUAAACAGAUUUUUUUUGGAAAGGCGCCACUUAUUUUGUUAUCUUUGUUUCCCGUGUUUCCAACCAUGUUCCUGGAGGCACAUCAACAGUACAUAUUUUGGAUGUCUCCCUCAUCUGACCCAUUCAUUUCAGGUUUUUCAGUCUCAAAUGUUAAGCUGAUUUAGGUGUGUUUGAUUAGGAAGUUAAAAAUGUGUCCUGUUGGUGUGCCUUUAGGAAGAGGAUUGGGAAACACUGACCUAAAGCACUGAAUAAAGCCCAAAGUUCACUAUUCUUACAUGUUCGUCAGUGUACAUAAAUGGUCAAAAACAAAGCUUUUCAAUAUUCACUCCAAUGCAUGCGCAUGAACACAGAUGCUUGACACAUGCGUACUAGUAAAAUGUAUAAAUGUUAAGUUAUGAAAUCUCUUUUAUAGCUCAUUUAAAGUCUUUCAGAUAUCUUUUAACUGAUGUGCAAUGGUCUAUUUUUCACCUCAUCUUAAAGGGAUAGUUCACCCCAAAAUUAAAAUUUACUCACUACUCUGUUGAACACCAGCAACCAUUGACUUCCAUAGUAUUUAUUUAUUUUUUUUACUAUGGAAGUCAAUGGAUACCGUUUUCUUACAUUCUUCAAACAGAUUUGAGACAAGUGAAUAAAAUGAUGACAGAAUUUUCAGUUUUGAAUUAACUUUCCAUUUAACAUUGGUUUCCAGUAAUCCAAACAACAGUGGUCAGACAAGACAUAUUACCGUUUCCCCCUGGUGUUAACAUGCUCAGAUGAGUCUUAUGAUUUUUGAAAUUUGGUUUGGUGUUAAAAUCUAACUUGGGAAUCUAUUCAAAAGAAUAGCGAUGCGUUUUAUAAAUCUAAGAAUUGAUUUCUCAAACAUUUUUUCACCACAGCUCUAAAAUCUUAAGCAUUUUAGACCCUGUUCACACCUGCAUUCAUAUUUGUCCACUAGUGAUUGAAGAGGACUGAAGAAAACAUAAUACAAAGAGUACACAGGACCUAUUGCUUUUUGCCUUCUUCAGUAGUUUGUUGUUGUUGUUCUGUUGUGUCUGUAAAUCAAUAGCCUGGAUCAUUGUUGAAAAUGUUGGAAACUUGUAACCAUUGACUUUAACUGUAUAGUUUUUUUCUACUAUGGAAGUCGAUGGCUAGGAUUGAGAAAAGUGAAGGGUGAAAAAAAAUGACAAUUGUCAGUUUUGGGUGAACUAUCCUUUAAACAUGCGUUUCCCGUUAACCAAACAACAGUUGCCACAUGACCAUUUCCCCAGGUGUUAUUUUUUAUUGGGUUUGGUGUUAAAACGCUCAAAAUCUAUUCAAGAGAAAACAGCAAUGCAUUCGGAAAAUCUAAGAAUUGAUUUCUAAACCAUGUCACCAUAGCUCGAUAUAGGAAAGGUUGAAAAUGAACAAGCCUAAAGCAUUUUAGACCCCAUUUACACCUGUAUUUAUAUUUGUCCACUAUUGACUGAAAAAUGAUUGAAGAGAACAAAAUACAGUGUACACAGGACCCAUUGCUUUUGCCUUCUUCAGUAGUUUGUUGUUGUUGUUCUAUUGCGUUUCUGUCUGUAAAUCAAUGGCCUGGAUCAUUGUUGACACUUUGUCGACAAGAAAGCACGUGUCGAGCUGUGCCUAAAAAUGUUUAUGUGCAAUCAAGUACUGCUGAUGACAACAUUUUUAUUUAAAAACACUAUAGAUAAAUCCUGUUACAAUUCGACCAUUACCCUGACAUGAACACAUUUAAGUAUUUGGUUUGCUUCUCUUUUAACAGCAACACUCAAGACAAUUUGAGAUCACUUGAUCAAUGUCACUGUAAUUAACUUAAUUUAAUUAAGCUUAAAUUAAUGACCAAAAAAUAGUGCAGUCUUUCCUUCUUAAAAAAAGCUUUAUUUGAUUAUUUCCUAUUUAAAUUAGAUUUGACUGCCAGAGUUUGAUUGUGGAACUCGUCAUAUCAUUAUCCAAUGAUGUUUUUGAUGUCUGUCUGCUUUUCUAAUGUGUCACAGCCCUAAGGACCCAGUUUGUUAUUGAAUGUCUGACUGUGACAAACUACCCAGACCGAAACCCCACCGGCUGACCUGAAGCAAAGACUGUCUCCUCUAGAGAGAGAUUUACAAUGUCACUGCCGCAGCUGGAUACUUUAUAGCACUCUAAUGUCAAUACCCCAACUCCUUUCUAUUACUCAGCGAGCACCUUUACAGUAUAACUACAGGUCUGCUCUUCAUUCGUCAGUGCCUUAACUGGCUCAUCUAGGUGUAACAGUCCAGCUAGUAAGAGCUGUUCAUGGAAAACCUCUCCUGGCCACAAGAGGCACACUAGAACCUAGAGGCUACAACCUUUAGCGUUUUUUGUUUGAUUGUCUGCCUUAAAUGCCAUAAACAUUGGUGCCAUAACGAAGGCUAGAAUGGGUAACUGAGGCCAGCUAGUAAGAGUUGAGCAGUAAACAAUUUCAUUGGCGUCAAAAGUGCACUACUGUCUGAUUCUGGAGACUGAAUUAGGCUGAAAUCUGGAGGUCUGAUUGGGUUUUUAGAUAAAUUAAAGGUGAGAUAUACAGUAGAUGUAUUAGUCAAGUUGUACACUAGAGCCUUCGAUCUAUGGCAUCCUUGCUAGUGUGUCCACUACACAGUCAAGAAAUGCCAAUUUGAACGUCACUUGGAGCAACUUAAAGUAGUUCAAUGUGCGUGAUAUUGAUGCCUUUUUGAAAAAUUCCGAUUAUGUUUUGGAAUCAAAAUGUACAGAUUUGUUUUGUUGUUUUACACGUAAAGUCACUUGGUAUAUUUGCAUGUACCAAAUGUUGUGAGUAGGAAUGAAGCCAAUAUGAUUUAAAACUGGUUUACGUGAACCCUAAAAGUCCUAAAAGCCUAUUACAUCCAUUCCGAACACAAAAGUUCAAUUCAAUGUCAAUUCAACGUAUUGUUGAUGAUAGUCUAUGACUCUAUGAUAGUCACCACAAAUCUAGCUGUUGCUUCUGCCAUUUAAAACAGAAGCCGACAUGCAAGUCUGAAGAGCUUUUGCAGGAGGUCAUAAAUAUAACAUACACAUUAGCAUGACAUAAAAUUCAUGCAAGCUUGCAUCAGGUCAACGUAUGUGCUUUGCUUUCAGUGGGACUGAAAUUGGAAUCGGACUAACUGUUAAUAUUAAGGCAUUCCAGUCUGAGUGCAUGUAAAUGUCUUUUCCACAUGAAAUCAAUAUACAUUUAAAUGUGUUUCAUGGUGCCUGUGUUUGACUCUUCCAUCUUAUUUGGUCAUGCUCUGCAUCACCUCACAGUAACACAUGAGUACUGCUGAAUGAACACAUUACAUGGCAAGCAAGCAAGAAAGCAAACGAGGGCUAAGGAUUUUGACUGUAGUUUGUGUUUUGAUCCAACACAAGGCAGUUUGAACGUCUUGCUUUGCUGCACUCUCACAAUGCAUCCCAUAAUCAAAUUGGAUCAGUAGAAAAGUCCUCAUUAACAGUUUAAAGGUGUUGUGUGUGAUUUUUAGACUCUUCUGAAGCAUAACAAUGCCGUACUAUGUUCACAGUUAUUUAAAAAAAAGAAAACAAUGCUUAAGUCCGGUUAUGUUCCUUUGAAAAAGUGGGUUCUGUGUCGGAAUGCCUAUCUCUGUGUAACUCCGCCCACUGAUUUUACCAAAGUAUAUUUUGGCACGCCAGGUUGCCUUAGCGCAAAGUAGUGCAUUUCAUUUCAGUCAGGAAGGUGGUCUUAAUAUAUAUGUGUCCGCAGCCAAAAAUGUGACCUACAGAGAACAGCAGCCACCUCUGAAAUGAGACGUAUUUAUAAAAGUGCACAUGAGGUAGCUAACUAAUUUGCAAACAACACAAUUAUUACAAGUGUAAACAUUAGGUGAGUAGCUUACAGUGCAAGGCUUAAUCAUCAGGUACCUGCAUGUGCAUCAAUCUAAAGAGGGGUCAGGUGGAAAAAACCCUAUCCAAUAUUUUGAAUUUGGACUGUAAUACCACAUCCACAUACUGCACCUUUAAACACAAUCUACCAAAUGAGCAUUUACAGUACAAUAUCAAUCUGAAUUAGGUAUAUUUGAAUUACCUUUGCAAGUGAUAAAAAAAAGCACAACAUCGAAAUAUUUGCAACCCCAUUUCUAACUGUAUCAGCAUCAUCCACUUAUGCUUGGGUUGAAAUAAAAUGCAUCUUAGUUUAAGCCAUAGUUGAUGGUCUAACAUAACCAUACAUUACUGAGCACACUUUCUCAAGUCAUUUUAAAAUAAGUAAAUCAAUAUUAUAUUUUUAAGUGAAAUGAAGUCUGAAUUGUUGAGAUACAAUCCAUCAUAAAAGUACAAUCCCCAACUGAGAUGAGUGACAAAAAUUUCCUCCCCUCCUUAAAUUAUAAAUAUCAUGUAGGCCAUCCGAAGUGUUUUUUUUUUUUUUUUUUUGGAGCGAAGUGUCUUUUUAUUUCUGUUAUUUUCAAUGGAAGUUCUGCGUUUUCAAAAUGCCAGCAGGAUCGCGAGAUGUGGGUUUUGUACAAAGUGUUUUUCUUUAAAUGUUUGAAGUUUAAACACUUGGAGAAGCCUCCAAACUGAGACGUGGAUUCAUAGUUCUAAAAAUGCACAUGAAGUGGUGUUAUAAUUUGCAAACAAUACAAGUGUUACAGAUGAAGAGUUCAGAUUCAAAAAACGCUAAAUGCGGUCUUAAAUUAAAUUCUGUUCAACCUCCAAUGUUUAUGUUCAGUUAUUUCACAUUGAAGGCAAUGAAAAUAACU